GUCAGGCUCUGGCCAUGCUGGUGUGUCAGGCUCUGGACAUGCUGGUGUUUCCGGCGGUGUCUCUGGCUCUGGACAUGCCUCAGGAUCUGCUGGUGCCUCAGGAUCUGCUCAUGUCUCUGGAUCUGGCCAUCUUUCUAGCUAUGAUUCUGGUAACGGUGCUACUGGAAUCACUGCUGGUGCUUCUGGUGAUGGUAGUGCUUCCGCUGACUCUAACCUUGGUGGAAAAGGUCAUGCAAGUGUUUCUGGUGAAGCCUCUGGUAAAGGUAAGGCCUCUGCCUCUGCCGGUACUUCUGGAAACGGUGAUGUCUGUCAAGAGCAAGCGUGACUCUGGUGUUGACAACUCCAACCUCAAGUCUACCUUAAGUGCUAGUUUCGAUGCCAAGACGACUGUCAAUGAGUCCAUCCAAGCUGGUCUCAAGAACUGUAACACCAACUGGGAUCAUGAUGACUUUGCCAGAAAGAUUCUCUCCAACUUGUAAAUUCCAUUCUUUCCAGAACUCUGCACACUUGUAAUCAUCAUAAUUCAAAAUCCAAUAAAACUUAUUUUUCUUUUUCUUUCUUAAUUCUUAAAUGAUAUAACAAAAGUUGAGGAAACAAGUGUAAAGUAAUC